AUGUCUCGCAUCAUUGGGUGUACUGUGCAUCAGUAUGACAGCCUCAAGAAGUUCGAAAAGAAAGAUACAGCUGAAUCCAAUGAACAGCGAACAGAGUCCGCCAACUUCCGAGAACAGUUUGGCAAUGAAGCUCGGUCGGCUUCGGACGGAUUUCGGGGAUUUGACUGCGCUCCCCUCGAACUGAGUGAGUUUGUUUGCGUCAAAUUCAGCCGAAGCUUGUCCAAAAAGUCCUCAUACCAGUGGACUUGUCUUUCAUCGUUUUCCCAGUCUUUGUCAGGAAAGCCGAUCACACCAUCCACUGGAUCCUCAGUCGAACUGAUCGGAUCCUCGGAAGACUUGGCGUAUUCCGCGGCCAUGGAUUUCGCAUCGGGACCUUUGUGGCAUGGAUUUCGAGCUGUUUGGAGUCUUGAUGUGACAGACUUGGAAAAGUACAAAGAAAUUAUGCUUUUUGGAUUGAUAAUGAUCAAAUCAAACCAAAGAGAUAUUGUUCAAGCGAAUCUGUUACACACAGGGAAAAUAAUCCCUGUCUGA